AGCUCGUUUGGAAGCCUGAAGUAAGCGAUGCCUCCACGAAUCCUGAAGCGCGGAGCGGCGGCAUCUGGAUCUAAGAAGGGCGGUAGAGCCGUGCGAGGGACCAGCAAGACCCAGAAUCAUCAGCCCGAAGUUGUCGAAGAGGUCCCAAAGAUAGAGGAAGGAACAAUCAUCGAUGAAAAGCCUGUUCUCCAGGAGAAGCUGGAGGUUGACGACAAACCAUUCGUUGAACGAAGGUCGGUUCUUGAAGCUGAUGAGGGAUCCAAAUCGAACCUUAAGCGCUCGUCAUCGUUGAAAAAAUACGGCAUUGAAGACUACGAUGAGAAGGAAAUUGACGAAGAUGAUGACCAGGGGGUUGGGGAGGAAGGGGUAGAAGAGCUAGAGGAAGAUAAUGGAGUGGAAGAGGAAGAGGGUGAUCUGGUGGUGGUGGAGGAGGAGGAUGAACUGGAGGAGGUUCCUGAAGAAGUUGAGGUUGAGGAGUAUGAUGAUCCUACUGGUGAAGAACAUACUGAGAUGGUAGAUGCAACUGAAGAGGAUGAGCACCAUGAAGUUUUUAAGGAGAGGCGCAAGCGUAAGGAGUUUGAGACGAAGAAAAACAAAGGGUUUGCAUUCCUGCGGUUUUCUAGUGUUGAACAAGCCAAACGGGCUGUUACUGAGUUGAAGAAUCCAGUGUUGAAAGAGAAAUUGAAACAUUAUGGAGUUGAUAAUGUUGAGCACUUGGCCCUGGUUGAAGAUAGUAACAGUGGAGGGAUGAACCGAGGGUAUGCUUUUGUGGAAUUCUCAUGUCGGUCAGAUGCCAUCAAUGCUCUUAAGCGUUUGCAGAAGAAGGAUGUUUUAUUUGGAGUUGAUAAGCAAGCAAAGGUUUCUUUUGCUGAUUCCUUCAUUGACAUUGGGGAUGAAAUAAUGGCACAUGUGAAGACUGUAUUUAUUGAUGGCCUUCCUUCUUCAUGGGAUGAGGACCAUGUCCGGGAGCUAUUAAAGGUGUAUGGAAAGAUUGAGAAGGUUGAACUUGCUAGAAAUAUGCCAUCAGCCAAGCGGAAAGGUUUUGGUUUUGUCACCUUUGAUAGUCAUGAGGCUGCAGUAACCUGUGCAAAAAGUAUCAAUAAUGAAAACAUUGGUAAAGGAGAUAGUAAGGCUAAAGUUAGGGCUCGGUUGUCAAGGCCUCUUGAGAGAGGAAAAGGUAAAAAUUUGAGCCGUAAAGAUGUUCGUCCUGGACGCCGAACUGGUAGCAGGGGUCCAUGGGUUAGGUCUGCCCCACGUAGCCUGACUUCCCGUUCGGGAAGAAUGGCUGGAAGUCGUAUCUCGCCACCCUCUAUGAGAAGGCAUGCUGGACCGCGAGAGCAUCAUGCCCCUGUGACGUCUGAACCAGCAAGAAGCAGGCCUCUGGCCCCUCCUCGCUCUUAUGAUAGAAGGGCACCUGUUCCAUCAUACCUGAAGAGUAGCUUGAAAAGGGAAUAUACUCGCCGUGAUGAAGUACCACCGCCAAGAAGCCGAGCUGCCAUUGAUUACUCUUCCAGGGAUAUUCCAGAGAGAAGCCAAUCCUAUAGAGAUGAAUAUUCUUUACGAGGUUCUGGGUACCCUGAUCUUUCUAGAAGUAGUUUUCGUGGAUCUGCCAGGAGAGCUUAUGUGGAUGAUGCCUAUGUCCAGAGAUUUGAAGGGCCCCCUCCAAGUUAUCGUGAAGGACGUGCUCAUGAUUAUGACUCUUUCUCUGGUUCAAAACGUCCUUAUUCUAUGAUGGUUGGUUAUUGAUUUCUAGUCUCCAUUGUCUUCUCUGUUUAAGGAUUCUUCACAUUCAACAAAUUACUGAAAUGUUUGUGUCUCUUCGGUUCCCGAGAGAUGUUGUUUGAGAAAGUGGAAUGGAUGGUCACCACUU